UAUUUUACACAAAUUUAAAAGGAGAUUAGGGCAAUUGACAUUUUCCAAACACUGUAACCAUCGAUGAUCUACUACUCACCAUGUCAUUCCUUUUUGUUCAAAGAGAAUUAAAUCGUAAAAAUAUAAAUUUAGGUAACUAUUAAUAAAAAAGAAAAUUGGAACAUAAUUCGGAUCCAACGACUGUAUAUAAACUCGUGAUCGUUCAAGAUUUACAUGUUUCACAUUAUCUCGUAUAUCUUGCUCUGAGCUGCCUCUGCGUGCGGGGGCAGGAUCGGAGAUUGUUUGGUCGGCGAAGUUUCAGACCUGUCUUUGUAGUCCAAUCGACUGCUAAUAUUCGAGUUGGAUUGCGACAAUGGAGGCAGAGAAGAAACAUUCAUCAGCCGUUUCUAAUGUGGGAGCUUGGGCAAUGAACGUUAUUAGCUCCGUCGGGUUAAUCAUGGCCAACAAGCAACUCAUGUCCCCUACCGGUCAUGCCUUCGCUUUUGCGACAACAUUAACUGGGUUCCACUUUUGUACAACUGCCUUAAUCGGUUUGGUGUCAAAUGCCACUGGUUACACAACAAAAAAGAAUGUUCCUUUGUGGGAGCUUCUUUGGUUCUCGGUUGUUGCCAAUACUUCAAUUACCGCGAUGAACUUGAGCCUCAUGUUGAAUUCGGUUGGAUUUUAUCAGAUUUCAAAGCUAAGUAUGAUUCCUGUUGUUUGUUUUCUGGAAUGGCUCCUCAAUGGUAAACAUUACUCGAGUAAAGUCAAGAUGGCAGUGGUGGUGGUGGUGAUUGGUGUGGGUGUUUGUACAGUUACUGAUGUAAAAAUUAACGCGCAUGGCUUUCUUUGUGCCUGUGUAGCUGUCCUAUCUACCUCCUUACAACAAAUUUCAAUUGGGUCCUUACAGAAGAAGUACUCAAUAGGAUCUUUUGAACUGCUUAGCCAAACAGCUCCAAUCCAAGCUUUAUCUCUUUUGUUGCUUGGUCCAUUCGUUGAUUACUUCCUCACUGGCAAGUUACUAGCAAGUUAUAAGAUCUCCUCAGCUGCAUUUUUUUUCAUAGUACUGUCAUGUUCCUUAGCUGUUUUCUGCAACAUAAGCCAGUACCUGUGCAUUGGACGAUUCUCGGCAGUGUCUUUCCAAGUGCUAGGACACAUGAAAACAGUAUGCGUGUUGAUAUUAGGAUGGAUGCUGUUUGAUUCAGAGCUGACAUUGAAAAACAUACUAGGGAUGAGCAUAGCUGUGAAUGGGAUGAUAAUAUAUAGUUGGGCAGUUGAGGGAGAUAAGCCAAUGCAAUACCGAAAAGAUGCUACAUCAGAUGUAAAGGUACUGAUGAAGCAAGUGGACGGCUCAUCACUACUCAAGGACGUUGAGCUUGGCAAAUCUCAAGGAUAGUUGUUGCCCAAAAUCUUAGGGAUUUUUGUUUUUCCAAUAACUGGCUAACCACCGGUUGUUCAAAAAUCUUCAAUUUUUUCUCUUUAUUCAUUUUUUUUCCUUCUUUUAUUUCUUGAUAUUUCGUUGUAGUUUAAGUUAUAAUGGAAAAGGAUUUUUUCCAUAAUAAUAUCACUUCUGAACUA